AAGAGUGUUUGACAUUUUGUUCAAGGUAUCUCUCGGGGGUUGAGACUAAAUUUAAUCGACUAAUGCGCAAUGAUGAUGAUCAUGAAAAUGGGAGACCACUAGGGAGGAAGAGUAAACAAGGCUUUCAGGUGAAGAAGCGAAAAAGGGUUGCUCGAAUUGAGUUAGAUGACCAAACACGUAUACAAGCACAUAGAUAUGUGCUAUUCAAUAGUGAAGAAGUUGCUCCAUUUCUAAAGCGUCAUAAGGAGGUGAUUAUGAAACAGAGGCACUCUCGUAGAUUGAAAGAUCAUGAGAUCGACAAAAUUCAUAGUCAAACCUUUACUUUUUGGUUUGAAGAAAAGGCUAAUGACUUGUUAAAGAAAAGAAGUGCUGAAAUCACAGACCAAAUCAAAUGGCUUGCUCAUGGGCCAAACAAUAAGGUUAGAAGAUAUACUGGUUACAUGAUUAAUGGUUUUAGAUUUCACACUAAGGAACGCGAGAGAUCAUUGAAAACUCAGAAUAGCGGUGUUGUUGUGACAGUGAAAGAUCAAAGUUAUGAUAGUGGACAGCUUGUAGAAAAAGAGAUUAACUAUUAUGGGGUAUUAACUGAUAUCAUUGAAUUGAAUUACUCUGGUAUGUAUAAGCUUGUUCUGUUUAGAUGUGAUUGGGUUGAUAUUAAUAGAGGUUGCAUGGAAGAUAAUUUCGGCUUCACUCUUGUAAAUUUCUCAUAUCUUAUCCAUCAAGGCAACAAUUUACUUGAUGAUCCAUUCAUUUUAGCAUCACAAGCUAGAAAAGUCUACUAUGUUGAGGAUGAAAGGGAUAAUGGUUGGCUUAUUGUCAAACCUGCUAAGUUGAGAGAUGUUUUUGAUAUGGGGGUACAACACAAUGAUUCAUCAGUUGGGGAUAACAAUAAAGAUAUGACUUGGGUUAGAACUGAUGUUAGUGAAGAUGAAGAUGGAGUUGAUGUCACGCCAGAGAUGGAAGAAGAGCAAGUGGAAGAUGACGAAUUGGUUCCAGAAGAUUGAAUAAUAAAACUUUUCACAUUAUAUGAAGAAGUUUUAAUUUUUUUUUAAUCUUUUUUGAUGAAUUGAUAUGUUUCUUAAUAUUGAGAUUGAAACUAUUUUGAAAAACCUUAUUGAGAUUAAAUGCUUUGUGUUUGUUGAGUUUCUUGUUACUGUACAAUGAUUUUUGUCCUAAGAUGUGCUUGUUAAAAUAUGAAUUUAUAUAGUUGGCGUUAAUUUCAAUAAGUUUUAAAGGAAAAUUCAAUGUAAAACGAGAAACCAAAUAAGCAAUAAGCAACCUCUUUAUUAUGUUGGCAAGUAUAUCACAUGGAAGCGAUGAUCAAAUAGAGGUAUAACGCUCAAACCCAAUCCAGACCCGCAACUAUUAAAACAUGACUAGCUCAGGUCUUUUUCUAUAUUAAUUCCAUUAGAAAUGAGACUGGAGGUACUUGAUGACAUUCUUGUCCAGCAUGAAAGCCUUAGUAAGAACAUCAGGAUUAAUACGUGGAUU